AUGUAUCCUUUCUUGCUCGCCACGGCGCGAGAAUUCCUGCAAGACUACGCAUACAACCUCGGGGCAGACCAGCUCACCUUCUAUGGCGAACAGCAACUCAUCAACAUGGGGCAUGACUUUUACCAGCGUUACCAAGGAUUGAGCGAUAAAGAAGACCCAUUCAUCCGAGCUGCGGGCUCUGAGAGGGUCAUUGCAUCGGCAGAAAAGUUUAUAGAAGGACUCUACAAGCACACGGGGCGAGACAAGGACGCAGCUGUGGAGGGGAUUCUCGUCGUCCCGGAGGAGGACGGCUACAACAACACGUUGAACCACGGAAAUUGCCUGUAUUUUGAACAGGGGCCAUCUUCAGAACUCAGUCAUGAGAAGCAAGAAGUUUGGAAGCAGAUUUUCGUGCCUCCCAUCAGAGACAGACUGAACACGAAGAUGCCCGGGGCGAACCUGUCGCUCGACGAAACCAUCUUCAUGAUGGACAUGUGCCCAUUCAGUACUGUGGCGGACUACCACGAUGAGAAGUCUCGAUUCUGCUGGCUCUUCUCGGAGGACGAGUGGCGGGACUACGACUACUUCGAGACGCUGGACAAGUGGUACGGCUACGGCACGGGAAACCCCCUAGGGGCGACGCAGGGGGUUGGCUAUGUCAACGAGCUCAUUGCGCGACUGACUCGCAAGCCUGUGGACGAUGAGACCUCGACCAAUUCGACGCUCGACGGGUCCGCGGAGACGUUCCCCCUCGACAGGAAUCUGUACGCCGAUUUCAGCCACGACAACACCAUGUCAUCGGUCUAUGCGGCCCUGGGCCUGUACAACUCCACCGGUGUCAUGCCCGUCAACCAUCGCCUCCCACCAAUGGAGACACGUGGCUUCUCUGCUGCGUGGACUGUCCCCUUUGCUGCGCGCAUGAACGUUGAGAAGAUGCGAUGCGGCGCAGCGUCCAAGGAGGAGAAGGAGCUGGUGUGGGUGCUGGUCAACGACCGUGUGGUCCCCCUCACCCACUGCGCAGCAGACAAGCUGGGGCGGUGCAGCUUGGGAGACUUCGUCGAGGGCCUAUCGUUUGCGAGAAAUGGUGGGCUAUGGGAUCAAUGUUUCAGAGAUACCUGA